AUGUUCAAGAAUGUCUCAGAGGCCUACGACGUUCUCUCAGACCCCGAGAAGCGCAAGAUAUACGACCAGUUCGGUGAGGAAGGUCUCAAAGGCACGGCUGGUCCCCAUGAUCACGGCGCGUCUCAUCAGUACGUCUACACCGGUGUCGACCCCACCGAGUUGUUCAAGAAGUUUUUCGGCGCGGACCGAGGCUUCAUGUUCAACAGCGGUUUCGGCGACGACAUAGGCGGCUUCGGUGAACCGUUCGGAAUGCAUCACGGUAGCCGCCAACGCUCGCAGAAGUCGCCCAACUACGAGUUGGACCUUCCGGUGACGCUCGAAGAGCUUUACACUGGCACCGUGAAGAAGAUGAAAAUCACCCGGAAGCGUUUCGCGAGCGGGUCCGAGUACAAGGAGGAGCAGAUCCUCAAGAUCGACAUCAAACCGGUAGAUUUUUAUGCUCUUACAUGCUAUUAUGUUCAGGGGUGGAAGGACGGCACCAAGCUGACUUUCUCUGGCGAGGGCGAUCAGGCCACCCCCGCCAGUCCUCCUGGCGACCUUAUUUUCAUUAUAAGGGCCAAGAAGCAUGCCAGGUUUAUGCGAGACGGCAACAACCUCGUAUACAAGUUCACGGUGCCUCUUGUGAAGGCGCUCACCGGCUUCCAGGCUACGCUCACUACUCUGGAUAAUCGCAGGCUGACGGUCAGGAUAGUGGAUGUGGUUUCGCCGGCUUACCGCAAGGUAAUCUCCAACGAGGGCAUGCCAAUCUCCAAGUCGCCAUCUGAGCGUGGCGACUUGAUUUUGGAGUUCGACGUGACGUUCCCGCGCACGUUGACCGCCGACCAGAAGAAACAGAUUACAGCCGCUCUCAGCAGUUGA